AUGACGGGCCGGGAGGAGCCCGCCGAGGGCAGAGCCAAGGGGAAGGCGCUGGUGCCCAGCGAGGCCAGCGAGAAGGCGGCCCGGCUGGGCGCCCCGGCCCUGCGCUCCAAGGGCUUCGCCAUCACCGACCUGCUGGGGCUGGAGGCGGAGCUGCAGCCGCCGGCCGCCCCCGUGGCCGGCGCGGGAUGCGAGGGCGCCGGGGCCGGACUUGGGGGGGUGUCUCUGAGCGGCGGCUCCUUGCCCCUGGGCUUGGGCUUCCUCUGCGGCUUCGCGGCGCCGCCCCCGGCCGGAGCCCCCUGCCUGCUGCCGGCGCACGUCCCGUUCCUGCAGCCCCGGCCGGAGCUGCACCGGCCCCCCGGACCUCCCGCCGGCGGGCGCCAGGACAACGUCUCGGGUAAGGACGAGGACAGCCUGUCCGGGGACAGGGGCGAGCUGAAGACAUCGACUGCCCAGAUCAAGAGGAAGAAGCGCCGGCACAGGACGGUGUUUACUGCUCACCAGCUGGAGGAGUUAGAAAAGGCGUUCAAUGAAGCUCAUUACCCAGACGUGUAUGCCCGGGAAAUGCUAGCUAUGAAAACAGAGCUGCCCGAGGACAGGAUCCAGGUCUGGUUUCAGAACCGAAGAGCCAAGUGGAGGAAGCGUGAGAAGUGCUGGGGCAGGAGCAGUGUCAUGGCCGAGUACGGUCUCUAUGGGGCCAUGGUGAGGCACUCCAUCCCUCUACCUGAGUCAAUCAUCAACUCAGCCAAAAGUGGGCUGGUGGGCUCCUGUGCUCCUUGGCUGCUUGGGAUGCAUAAAAAAUCCAUGGAUGUUACAAGAAAGCCAGAGAGCGAGGAGAAGAUGACAGGCAGCUGGAGAUUGGAAGGUCCUGAGGAGGAAUUAAAAAUGAAGCCAGCAGAACACCAGAGAAGCUCUGGUGACAAACUCAGCUCUAUGGACAAUUCAGAAGAUACAGCGAUUGACCUCUCUAGCACAGCAAAGCAAGAGAACAGGAGUGCUUUGAGGCAAUGUCUCAAAGGAGACCUCCAGACAGAUGGGAAGGACAAUGGCCACUAA